CUAUGCCGGUCAUCCCCUCCCCAGCUGCCGCACAUCUCUCCCUCCUCCGAUUCUCGUCCCCUCCCCAGCCGCACAGACAUCUCCUCCUCCUCCUCUUUCCUGUCUCCACACCAGCCCCGCCCUGUGCCUUCCUCCACACCAGCCGCCGCCCCUCUCCCUUCCUCCACACCAGCAUGCCGCCCCUCUCCCUUCCUCCGUCUCGCAAGGUGCCAGGAGAAGCAGCAGUGGCGGAUCUGUCGCCAUGAAGCGCCGCGCAUGGAGAGGAUGUACCAGUUGUGCUAGUGUUCAGGAGGGGAGGACGUCCACGUCGCCGGCGAGCGUCGCGGCGCGGUGGGGUGUGAGCGGCGGGGGCGGGUCAAGAGGGCGCUGGAGCGGACGGGAUCCGGCUUGCCUCUAUCCCGUCGGGACGGUAUGGUAAGGCUUCCCCAGCGUUGGCGAAUUUUUUGUUUUUUUUUAGAUUUUGCCUGUUUGUAAUCCCUGAUGGAUUUGAUAUGUGAUUUGGGAUUUGUUGCUUUGGGUACAACGGAAUGUGCUGCCUGCCUACAUGCGACGAUGUUUAGAAUCAUGGGCCGGUAUAAUUAUAUGCUAGCCGUGAGCUUUUUUUAUUGCGGCCAAAACUCAUCAGUGUCGGGCUCCUAAGAACGCCCGCCAGUGAUCGGUUAGUGAUACGGUCGCUUGGAGGACGACCCGAGAGACGCGAAGCAUUGAUUUUGCACCCUGGUCCAGGCCAACCUCUUUAGAUGCAGCAGGAUAUUUGAGAACUCAAUCUUGUAGGAAAUGCUCCUACUCAAAUCCAUAAACUAAUGGAUAUGUCUGACACCCGUGUGACUCCUACUUCUACUUGAAGAGCGUGUUAGGAUCAUAUCACAAUAAACUACAGUAGUCAGCCUGCUCCGAGUGCCGAAUCAACCAACAAUCUAGAAUCCAUACUACAUGAUGGGCAAGAAGAAAGAGCUAUGCUAAUUUAAGAGAAUCGAUUGACUCAUUGUUUUUUCGUUCUUUUUCUCAUGUACAUUUCCUCCAUGUAGUUAGACAAUCUAUUUAGUAAAAAUUUCUACUUCCUCCGAUACAUAUUACUUGUCAAAAUAUUACAUGUAUCUAGACGUCUUUUAAACAUAGAUAAAUGCAUAUUUAGACAAAUUUGAGACAAGUAAUAUGGAUCGGAGAGAGUAGUAGGUUUUAACCUACGGCUUUCCCUAAAAAAAAUCCACAAAGAAAUUUUUGUACAUGCAUGAUGACUCGGAGUUUUCUCUUGGUACACGUAGUAAAACAGUUUGCAGAGACCAGAACCAUGCCAGUAUAUGCACAGUAUUUAUUCAUUUUGCGGGGAAAUACACGUGUGAUGUCAUUGUCAAUAUGACAUGUAGAGUACGAUGUUUCUACAUAAAAAUAAAUAACUAGGUUCUGUGUCCAGCUCACCUUCGCAUAAGAAUACGUACUCCUUCCGUCCAACAAAAAAUGUCUCAAGUUUGUUAAAAUUUAGAUGUAUCUAGACAUGACUUAAUGUAUAGAUGCAUUCAAAUUUAGUCAAAGUUAAGACAUUUUUUAUUGGACGGAGGGACUACUUGCUAAUCACGGUCAAAACGGCAGACUUUUGUUUUCUACGUACGGCUGCGUAGAUGUUACGUAGCGUACUAGUAAAACCAUACGUAUUACGUACGUAUUGGUUACAACUUGUAUGAAUAAAAAUCUAGAGAGAGUUCCAAGUAGGCACAUAGUAGCCUGUAAAUGUAAAGAGACAUAUAUUAUUCCACGCAUAAAAGAGUUGAAGUCAACAUAUGUACAGCCCUUCAGCGUGCAAUAUGACCAUGCAGAGAAAAUCAACGCGCGUGCGCGCGCGUGCCAAUUUACCAUUGAACUUGGAACCAUUCGCAAGGCCGGAUUCACCCUCUACACCCUCUACCUAUAUAAACACAGACAUCGGCGUAGCCACACGAAUGGAACAGCUCAGGAUAUUCCUACUCGACCACCACACGAUGGCAGCAUCUUCACCGUCGUCCACCGUGAUCCAGGUCGAUCAUGCCUCCUCCACAAACGGCGAAGCCACGCCGACGGCCGCGGCAGCCGCAGCAGCAGCCCUAACCACGACGCCAAAGGGCGAGGCUGACCCGACCACAGCACCGCCAGCAGCACCAGCAGCAGCCACUGCGACGGACAAGGUGAUGUCAAGCGCCGCGAACCUCGCGCAGCUCCUGCCGACGGGCUCGGUGCUGGCGUACCAGGCGCUGUCCCCGUCCUUCACCAACCGCGGCGACUGCGCGGGAUCCAACCAGUGGCUCACGGCGGCGCUGGUCGCCGUCCUCGCCCUCUUCUCCCUCUUCUUCUCCUUCACCGACAGCGUCCUCGGCCGCGACGGGAAGCUCUACUACGGCGUGGCCACGCCCGGAGGCUUCAACGUGUUCAACUUCUCCAGCGACGAGGAGAAACGGGAGUGGGGCCCCGAGGAGUUCGCGAGGCUGCGCCUGCGGCCGCUCGACUUCAUGCACGCCUUCUUCACGGCAGUGGUCUUCCUCGUCGUGGCCUUCAGCGACGUGGCGCUACAGAAUUGCUUCUUCGGCCGGAACCCCGGGAGGAACACGGAGGAGCUGCUCAAGAACCUGCCGUUGGGCAUGGCGUUCCUGUCCAGCUUCGUGUUCAUGAUCUUCCCGACGAAACGGAAGGGUAUCGGGUACAACGACACCACUCCCCGCCCGAAGACAUCAUAACUAAGUGUCACCUUGAAGUUAAGAUUGCUGCUCACCUGAGUCUCUGCACAAUUAACUUUCAAUCAACAUUUGUGUAGUCAGUUAUAGCUUAAUUAGGAUUACCUGUGUUCUUUACAAGUCAGCGAUUUAGUUAUCUUGCAUGGUUCUUGCUCGGGCCGAAAUGGAACCAUAAUUCUGUUGUGGCCAGAUGUUACUGUACUACACUGUGCUUGUAAUCUUGAUCAAUAUUUGAGUAAAUUUCACAAAACUACACAUUU